AUGGCAUCGUGCGCCCUUCCCCUCCGGCGAGCCCUCGCCCUCUCCGCCGCCUCCUCCUCCGUUCAUCUCCUCCGCACUCUCCGCCGCCCCAUCUCCCAAUCGCUCGUCCGGCCCAUCGCACAGCCCCUCAUCUCCCGUGCCACCGGCACCUCGUUUUCUGUGCCACGAGGCGCCUCUUUCUCCACGGCGGCCCGCUCGAACGACACUUCCUCGAGUGAUGACGAGGAUGAUGAUGAUGAUGAUGAUGAUGAUGAUGAUGACGACGAUGAUUGCGACUCCGAGGUGGAGGAUGGUGGUGCUGUCCACGUGGCGUUUCAGCAGCCCCAACGUUGGACGGUCUCUGUAGUCCCGGGUGUUGUGCAGUCGUUGGACGAUAGAAUCCUGUUCUACGAGAACACGGCCGCCAAAGUCUUCGGCAGUGUGGAAGAGGCGAGGAAGAAUAUACGUUCCUAUGGCGUUUCGUAUGAUGGGUUCAUGAUUGAAUGCACCGACGACUUGAAGGAGAAAUUCAUCGGUAUCCCUGGUGUUAGGUCUGUCAUUCUUUCAAGUACUGAACCCCAAGCAGAGAAGGUUAAAACUGGACAACAGGCACCUCCGGCCCCACCGACAAGCACCCAAAAGGCACCUCCAGCCCAGCCUACCCAAAAGGCACCUCCAGCCCAGCCUACCCAAAAGGCACCUCCGGCCCAGCCCGCCCAAAAGGCACCUCCGGCCCAGCCCGCCCAACAGGCACCUCCGGCUCAGCCCAAUUAUGGUCACGAUUACAUGAAAAAUGCGGCAGCUGUGUCGGAAGCAUCGAAAAGUAUGCAGGCUCAGUUGAGUCAGGCUCAGGCGGUCCUGAAGAAGGCGCACGAGAAGCUGGUUUGGGUGGAGAUGGAGAAAGAGAAGGUGGAGAUGGAGAAAGAGAAGGCUGUGAAUGAGCUCAAGGAAGGCCAAAGAUUGCUUGAGCAGACUAUCAACAAUCUCAGGGGAGGAUUUUGGUCUACUCAAAAAUGA